AAUAAAGGACUCCCACAAUGCACUGCAUCGUGUCAACUGACAGUGUGCGGAGUGUUGUAUACUGACCUAGGAUUUCUCGCGACCCGGGGGAGCUUGAUCAUUUAUACCACGCGUGUAAUUAUAGCGUUGGACGCUCGCGUUGAGCUCGUGCACACCAUGAGCGGUAUGAGGACCGUCCUGGCCUCGAUCGGGGUGUUUGGGCUUGUCGGUGUGGGCUACGGCAUGUGGGCCAUCAUUUCACCUGGAGAGGACAGGAAAAGGGAAAUAUUAAAGAAUCUGCCAGAGGCCAACCCCGUCCGAAUGGAGGAGACCAGAAAGAGAAAUGCCCUCAUGCUUCAAGUUUUAAAGGAUGCUGCAGAGACGAAUGAUAACAUUGCACGUGGAUAUGGUGGCCAGAAAUGAAGGAAUCUGUUUGCACAAAUAUCAGACUUUCACAUGCCAUUAGCAAUCUGCACAUGCCUGGGAGUUUAAAUAUGAAGCCAGUGACUUGUUUAAAAAUAAAUGAUCUGCAAAUGCU